AUGAAUCUUCCUUCUCAAGUACCGCUCACUACUGCUCCUACAGCCUCUAUUAAUAAAGAUGUGAUACAACAACAAAAACCUCCAAAUAUUGACGAUUUUUUGUGUCCUAUAUGUUUGCAAAUCAUAAAAGAAGCGUUUAUGGGAAGAU